GCCUACUUUGGAUCUGUGUCUCACUGUCUCUCUGCCCCUCCCCCGCUCACGCUUUGUCUCUCUCCCUCUCUGGAAAGUAAACAAACAUUAAAAAAAAAUUAAAACUUGCCUUCUUCUAAUCACAACAAUUAUAUCCUUUUAAUGUAUAACAGUUUUGUCCUUUUAAUGUAGUUUUUGGAUGUUUUUAACUUUGUAGAAAUAGUGGUUGGUGUCCCACAAUAUACUUUUGUCCCCACUAGCAUUAUAUUAUUGAGAUCAUUUAUAUUAUAGAGCAUAUAGCAUUCCAUUGUGUGAAUACACCACAGUUUAUCCAUUCUGAUAAUGAUGGAAAUUUUUUGUUAAUAUAAACAAUGAUAGUAUAAAUAUUCUUGUAUGUGUCACUUGGUGCACAUAUAUUAGAGUUUUCCAGGGUAGUGGUUCUCACAUUUGAGCAUACAUCAGAACCACCUGAAGGGCUGUUUAAACACAGGUUGCAAGGCUCAUUCAGGAAGUCUGGGGUAAGUCCCAAGAAUGUGCAUUUCUAACAAUGUCUCAGGUACUAAUGAUCUAUUGAUCCAAGAACUAACUGCUUCAGAGUAUAUAUCUAACUGUGGAGUUGUUGGAGUGAAAUAGAGAGUACAUACUUUCAAUUUUACUAGGUAAUGCUAGAUUGUUUUCCUGUCAGCAAUGUGAAAGCGAAUUGUCAGACUUGAAUUUUUGCCAGACUGGUGGGUGUUAAUGGUAUCUUAUUAUGUGGCUGAAAGGGGAAAUCGAUAUGCUUUUUUUUCCUCAUAUUAAAACUUUCAGAAUGGACCCUAGAAGCAGCUUCUUGGCUCCUUCUCGAACCUCAGGCAGGUUCAGCCUACUUGCCUCCACUCCAACUUCCACACUGGCCUCCGCCAAGUCUAUCAGGGUGACCCAGAAGUCCUACAAGGUGUCCUCCUCUGGCCCCCGGGCUUUCAGCAGCCUCUCCUUCACUCACGCGCCUGGCUCCCGCAUCAGCUCUGCCCUGUCCUGGGUGGAAAGCGGCAGCAGCUUCCAGCGUGGCCUGGGCAGCAGCAUGAGUGUAGUUGGGGGCUACGGCAGGCCCGGGAGUAUGGGGGGCAUCACGGCUGUCUCAGUGAACCAGAGCCUGCUGAGCCCUCUUAAGCUGGAGGUGGACCCCAACAUCCAGGCCGUGCGCAGCCAGGGGAAGGAGCAGAUCAAGACCCUCAACAACAGGUUUGCCUCCUUCAUCGACAAGGUGCGGCAUCUGGAGCAGCAGAACAAAAUUCUGGAGACCAAGUGGAACCUCUUGCAGCAGCAGAAAACCUCUCGCAGCAACAUGGAUAACACGUUUGAGAGUUACAUCGACAACCUUCGGCGGCAGCUGGAAACCCUAGGCCAGGAGAAGCUGAAGCUGGAGGUGGAGCUUGGCAACAUUCAGGGCCUGGUGGAGGACUUCAAUAAAUAUGAGGAGAUCAAAGAACGUGCAGACAUGGAGAAUGAAUCUGUCCUCAUCAAGAAGGAUGUGGACGAAGCUCACAUGAACUAGGUGGAGCUGGAGUCCCGCUUGGAAGGGCUGACUGAUGAGAUCAACUUCUUAAGGCAGCUGUACGAAGAGGAGAUCCGUGAGCUGCAGUCCCAGAUCUCGGACACGACUGUGGUGCUGUCCAUGGGCAGCAGCCACUCCCUGGAUCUGGAUGGCAUCAUUGCCAAGGUUAAGGCCCAGUAUGAGGAGAUCGCCAACAGCAGCCAGGCUGAGGCUGAGACCAUGUACCCGAUCAAGUACGACAAGCUGCAGACGUUGGCCAGGAAGCAUGGGGAUGACCUCCAUCUCACAAAGACGGAGAUUUCCAAGAUGAACCAGAACACUAACUGACGCCAGGCUGAGAUUGAGGGCCUGAAAAACCAGAGGGCUUCCCUGGAGGCCACCAUAGCUGAUACCAAGCAGCUGGGGGAGCUGGCUGUGAAGGACGCCAAUGCUAAGGUGGCCAAGCUGGAGGCUGCUCUGCAGCGAGCCAAGCAGGACAUGGCCUGGUAGCUGCAGGAGUACAAGGAGCUCAUGAACAUCAAGCUGGCCCUGGACAUCAAGAUCACCACCUACUGCAAGCUGCUGGAGGGUGAGGAAAGCAGGCUGGAGUCUGGGAUGCAGAACAUGAGCAUCCACACUAAGACCUCCACCGGCUACUUGGGUGGGCUGGUCUCAGCCUACAGGGGCCACAUGAGCCCUGGCGUCAGCUAUGCCUUCCAGUCCGGCUUCAGCUCUGGCCAGAGCUCUGCUUCCUCUGGCCAUGUCAGCUCCUCCAAGGCUGUGGUGGUGAAGAAGAUCGAGACCCGUGAUGGGAAGCUGGUGUCCCAGUCGUCUGACAUCCUGUCCAAGCGAACAACCACUGUGGUCCCUCCCAGCCUCCCCGCUCCCGUGGCUGCAGUAGAGCCUGUGGGGGAAGGAGCCGUGCAGGGGAGCGUCGGGAAUGAGAGGCCCACCUAAGCCUCACCUCAGUCCUUGGCCUACCCUUAGAGGGAGUCCACCACCCUGGGUACCCCCCUCUUGCCCAUGUCCCCAGCUAAAAGCCAAUUCAAGAGUUUUUUCCCAAAUAAAGCCUCAGAUGGCUCUGCCAAUCCUCCCCUUCCCCCCAAAAAAACCUUUCAGAAUAUGCGGAAUUGGUUCAUUUUAAAUAAUAUUUUCAGGGCACAGGAAACACACUCUUUUCCACAGAAAAAUCUGGGUGUGCUGAUCAAAUUCAGUUUUUGUUGCCUAAGAAGAAUCUUAGAUAAUUGUUGUAAUUUUUAAUUUUUUUAUUCUUCCAUUGGCCUUUUUAAAAAGGAAAGAACACAGGAGAAAUUCCACUUUAGUGAGACUUGUGUAAACUGAAUGUACUCUGUUUAGUUGAGGAUGGUGCAAAAGGCUAAUUUGGAAAGAGUUGAUUAGAUACCACACUAGUUUUAUUGCGUUCCUCAGAGAUACACCUUGAAAGCCAGGUCCAAGCUGACUUUAGAUUUAACAGGUUCACAUUCUGCAUGAGAAGCUACUGCAGACCUGGCGCCUCCUUCAGAAAUGUUGCUUUCCAGGGGCGCCUGGGUGGCUCAGUUUAUUGAGCAUCCAACUUUGGCUGAGGUCGUGAUCUUGGGAUUCGUGAGCUCGAGCCCUGCAUUGAGCUCUUUG